UCCCCUCAGCGCUGAGCUGUGUCCUUGUCCCUGCCUCCUGGCAGCAAGGAGCCACCCAGCAGCCGGUCUGUGAUUGGGCAGGGGAGUGGGGUUCUUGACACAGCGCGGUGCUGACUGCUCCGGGACGUGUUUCAACAGAUGGUCGAGGUUAGAGAGUGUCAUCACAUCGGAGAGAGGAUUAGAGGAGAGUGGUUGUCUUCCAGGAGCUGUGUGGUCCCCCCUAGUCUUCAACCUAAAAUCCCAGCACCAAGACACGAACGCCUCUAUGAGUGAAGGGAGACCCGGUGAAGAAACGAGAGAAGAAAACACAGAGGGGAAUCCUAGCCGUGCCUCUCACCCUCCUGCCUUUCAGUUGACCACAGCUGCAAGGGCUGCACGGGUGUGAGUGAGUGGCCUGACUGGACCUUUUCUCCAUCCCUUAAUCCUGCAAUCUAUCCAUCCCAUCUCUUGUCGUCCCGGCAACAUGCUGAUCCAGUGGCUUGCUUGGUUGGCCCUGCUGUCUCUGGACUGGGCUCCAGGCAGCUGGGCCUUCAUCACCACCAGGGCUCAGGGCCUGAGGGGUCGCAUCCAGAGAGACCGCAGAAACAUCCGGCCCAACAUUAUCCUCAUCAUGACUGAUGACCAGGAUGUUGAGUUGGGCUCUCUACAGGUGAUGAAUAAAACCCGGAAGAUCAUGGAAGAUGGAGGCACAAGUUUCACUAAUGCCUUUGUCACCACACCCAUGUGCUGCCCGUCACGGUCCUCCAUGUUGACGGGCAAGUACGUGCACAACCACAACACCUACACCAACAAUGAGAACUGCUCGUCCCCUUCCUGGCAAGCUCAGCACGAGCCACGCUCAUUCGCUGUCUAUCUCAACAACACCGGCUACAGGACAGGCUUCUUCGGCAAGUACCUCAAUGAGUACAAUGGCAGCUACAUCCCACCUGGGUGGCGUGAAUGGGUUGGAUUGAUAAAAAAUUCCCGCUUCUAUAAUUACACUGUCUGUCGGAAUGGUUACAAGGAGAAACAUGGUGCCGAUUAUGCCAAGGACUACUUCACAGAUCUGAUCACCAACGACAGCAUCAACUUUUUCCGCAUGUCCAAACGGAUGUACCCUCACCGUCCUGUGAUGAUGGUUAUCAGUCAUGCUGCUCCUCAUGGCCCAGAGGACUCCGCACCGCAGUACGCUGAGCACUUCCCGAAUGCUUCGCAGCACAUCACUCCCAGCUACAACUAUGCCCCAAAUAUGGACAAACACUGGAUCAUGCAGUACACAGGCCCCAUGAGACCCAUCCACAUGGAGUUCACCAACUUCCUCCAUCGUAAGAGGCUGCAGACACUCUUGUCUGUGGAUGACUCAGUGCAGAAGGUUUAUGACAUGCUAGAGCAAACUGGAGAGCUGGACAACACUUACAUCAUCUAUACAGCAGACCAUGGCUACCACAUUGGUCAGUUUGGAUUGGUCAAGGGCAAGUCAAUGCCUUAUGAUUUUGACAUCCAUGUGCCGUUCUUCCUUAGAGGACCCAACGUAGAGCCAGGAGCAGUAAACCCUCAUCUGGUGCUGAACAUUGACCUAGCUCCCACGAUCCUCCACAUUGCUGGCCUGGACACCCCUCCAGACAUGGAUGGAAAGUCCAUCCUUAAGCUGCUGGAACAGGAAAGGACUGGCAAUAGAUUCAAACCCAACCGGAAACCCAAAGUCUGGAGGGACACAUUCCUGGUGGAGCGAGGAAAAAUCCUGAGAAAGAAGGAUGAUUCAGUGAACACUCAGCACACCAACAGCCUGCCCAAGUACAAGAAGGUCAAAGAGACCUGCCAGCAGGCCGAAUUCCAGACACCCUGCGAACAGCCUGGACAGAAGUGGCAUUGUGUGGAGGAGCUCAAGGGCAAGUGGAGGAUACAGAAGUGUAAAGGUGGUUCAAAAGAAAGCUCCAGGAAGAGGGCCCGCAGCCUGAGGCCCCGCAGCAGUUAUGACAACAGAGAGAGGGGCUGUGACUGCGGAGACGGUGUCUUCAGAUCCCCCAGAACGGACCGCCGCUCCCACCGACAGUUCUCUUCCUCAUCAGGCCAACGUUAUCGGCCACGUUUUGUCCACACCCGGUCGACCAGGUCUCUGUCUGUGGAGUUUGAAGGUCACAUAUACGACGUUGAUCUUCAAGCAGAUGAUCAGUCAGCUGUCCGCCGCCGCGUCAUCUCAAAGCGCCACCACAACCCAGAGGACCCAGAGUUUGAUUUGGGAUCAGAUGAUGGUUCAGAGGAAAUGCUGGCCGAUGAUACCAAUGCAGUGGGAUACGCAAACUCUGUGAAGGUUACCCACAAGUGUUUUAUUUUGAUGAAUGACAGCGUCCAUUGUGAAAGAGAAAUCUACCAGUCCUCCAGAGCCUGGAAAGACCAUAAGAGCUAUGUGGACCAGGAGAUUGAAGCACUUCAAGACAAAAUCAAAAACCUCCGCGAAGUAAGAGGCCAUCUCAAGAGGACGCGGCCAGACGAGUGCGACUGUGGGAAGAAGAGCUAUUAUAGCAAAGGAGACAGAAACAAGGCAGAGAGAUUGAAGAGCAGGAAUGAUCAACUCCAUCCAUUUAAGGAGGCUGCGCAGGAAAUAGACGGGAAGACCCAGUUGUACAAUGAGAUCCGGAGGAAGAAGAAGGAAAGGAAGGAGAAGAAGCGGCAGAGGAAGGGCGACGACUGCAGCCUGCCCGGCCUUACUUGCUUCACACACAACAAUGACCACUGGCAGACUGCACCCCUCUGGUCGUUGGGUGGAUUCUGUGCAUGCACCAGCUCCAACAACAACACCUACUGGUGCCUGAGAACCAUCAACGAGACCCACAACACACUGUUCUGCGAGUUCUCUACUGGCUUUCUGGAGUACUUUGACCUCAACAGUGACCCGUACCAGCUGACCAAUGCAGUGUAUGCAGUGGAUCGGGAGGUACUGAACGCGCUGCAUGCCCAGCUGAUGGAGUUGAGGAGUUGUCAAGGUUAUAAGCAGUGUAACCCUCGCCCAAAGGGCUUGGAUGCAGCACACAGCCAAUAUGGGACGGACGACAGGGUUAAGCUGCCCAACUUGACAGACGAGGAGGUGAACUGGCAGGGACUGGAGGAUCUGUAUAGCAUAAACGAAAGCCUUUACGAAUGUAGGCCUGACUACAGCCCCAGCCCAGACAACUGGGUCAACUUCCAGAAGGAUGUAGAUAAUAUGUUUGCACUGCUACACGUUUUUAACAAAUUCAACCGAACCCAAGAGCUUGAUGACUCCAGCCUGCCAGAGCUGGGCUCCGGGGCCGGGGGUGGAGGCCUUGAAGAGAGCAGUGGAGAAGAGUUGGCCUCAGCCAGCGACGUCUGGCCAGGCCUGGCCACAGGGAUUCUCCUCACCACCCCCGCCCCCAGCAAAACACCGUUAGCACCACCCACACCCGGGCCAACACUGGAAAGGAAACUGCAAUCUGUUGUCAACGACCUUCCUGAGAGGCUUAUAGACAGACUUGGAGUGUCAGUUGUGUCAGCAUCACCGGUGGCGCGAUCGUCAUCAUCACCAGGUCCAAGAAGAGACAGAAUUAUCCUGCAGAGCGACAUGUGGGCGCAGCAGCUGGAGGAAAUGGAAGGAGAGACAUUCAGCGGAAACGGACUGACAGAGCUGGAGACACGACACGGCAACCUGCUGCGCACUCACAACAGCCUGCAGGUCCAGCUGGAGCCGGGCCUGGACCGUGGAGAGGAAACCAGCCCUCAUGGUCUUGGCCUGGACCUCGAAGAAGAGGAGGACAUUUUCCAAGCCCAAGGCUACCUCCCUUUCUCCCCACAGACACUGAAGCCCAAGGUGCAGGCCAGCACCACCAGCAGCCCCCCCACUGCACAGACUAGCACCCCACAGAGUGUUGGGUUGGUCCUACGCGCGCUGCCUCAGUCGGCGCGGCCCCUCACCUUGGACUACGAGGGCAGCGGCUCUCUGCCUCAACCCUCCAAUCAGACCCUCUGAGGCAGACAAAGGCGCUGGCCAGCUAGCCAAUGAGCUGCUGGUCACCACAGAGACACAGACACACAGUGAUUGGGAGAUGAGCUUGCCAAGAGCAAUGGCAAGUGAUGCCACCUCAGUCAGUCAGAGUUGUAUAACGAGUAUUAAAGUUAUUGUUUAUUUUUUUACAGGUGCCUACAUUUAUUAGUAAACAGUGUUGUGUUUUUAAAAAAAUAUAUAUUUAGAAAAGAAAAAGACUUAAUGCAGCUAAACUUAAGUGUUGGGAUUAAAGUUAUUAAUUCCAUAUGAACAACACCAUUGAGGUUUUUUAAUAUAUGUUUUUUACAGUGUGAGUGGUGAAACCAUUUCAACAUCUGAAUGAGUAGCUAGCAUUAGUCAGCUUUUGGUACGCUCCAGUCUUUAAAGAAUCUAUGUCAUCAACCUGCCCAGUCACUGGACGCUUCCUCAGUUCAGUACACAUUCACUAUAAACAUAAAGGCAAAAUUUGGCCCCAAAUGCACUUUUGAACUUUUCCACAUUACAACUUUCGCCCUCCACUGUUUGGAUAUGAAAUUUGCCUCCAUUGUAAAAUUAAUUUUAUGAAAUGAUCAUAUCUGAUUACUUUUUAAAAAUAAGACUGAAGUUACAGAAUCAACAUUAAUACACAUCUGUUUGACAAAUAAUUUAAAAAUGAGCUAAAUGGGAAUAUUUUUACCUCCACAUAGUAUCAGACAGUUUUGACAAUCACGGGGCAGUUUAACAGUUAAUUUUCUGAUGGCUUGACAUUAUCUGAAUUAUCCAGCCGCAACAAACACAUCUGAUACUGAGCUCACUAUUUACCGAUUAGUUGCACCACUGCACCAGCUCCUACAUGUUUGUCACUGGUCACAGUAUUUUAUUUUUUAACAUGAGUGAAAAUGUUCUUACUAAUCACAAGCGCAUGCGUAUGGGAUCACCAGGGGUUAGAAAAUGUUAAUUUUGUAACUUUUUGGGUGGAAAUGUCACCCACUAAUCAUUUGUAUGAUGUAGAGCUUUGAUAAUCCAGAGUAUAGUGAUGCAUGGGGCCAAUUCAUUUUGAAUGUGCCUGUUACAGCUUCGUCUAUGACCAUAAUGUCAGUAAAAUAAUCUGCAGACCUGGCCUAAAGUAUAAUGGGGUCAGUGAGGGCAAAAUGUUUAACCUUUCUGCCGGUGGUUCAUCUCUGUUGGUGGUUGUAGAGUUGGUGCCUCACAAGAGCACUCGAGAUGUUUGAAAACUGGUUCUGCAAAAGCCUGAUGUUGUCCUUUUCUUUCUUGACAGUGUGUGUAGAGGUGUUAGAACAACUCUGGUUUCAGGAAAGCCGUGAAGCCAUUUAAGAAAUAAACCUUUGAACCUUU